AAUUCGAGCAAAUGCUUAUAAUAGCUCAUUGCCUAAGUUGACACAAUUUUAAACAUUAGAAAACAACAUUUUAUUUGAAAUUUGAUCAAAGUAUUAGAACACUUGUAAUUUUAAGGCAACAUUGGUCUGUUCUCAUAGACAACGAACAGACGAACGCGUCGGCCAAUGCAAUGCGUUGCCACCAUAAUUAAAUCGAUAUUUACUCGAUUAUACGGCGAGCUAUCAACCUUCUCAAGUAAAGUUUCUUCGUCUAACGAAUUAUUUUGACACAUUGAACAUCAUCUGCGAAAAACGUAACGCUUUGAAAUGAGAGAAGAGAAGGAAAUUAUUACGUUACUGCUGUUACUUUUCACAAAUGUUGCACAAAGUGAUACCUUUCAUACCCCUGUAAAUCGAGAGGAUCCUUGUAUAAAUUUGUGUGAGAAAACACCACUAUCUUUCGCGAAUAGUAAAUACGUUAAAUCGUGUUGUCAACGAGGAUGUAGAUUCUUUAAUCUCGUGGACUUGCAUAAUGGGUUAGAACCAAACAGUUUGAAUGGGACUAGAGAUGCCUGUGAAGCUUCAUGCGCAGAGGCAUAUACAUUGCCACAAGGUCGCUACGCAUGUAGUACAGGUUGCGAUUUUAUGGCCAAGCAGCGUGUUUCAGAUCUGUUAUUGCUCUUUUCUGUUGCUAUCUAUAUAGAGGAAGGAGUAGAUUCUAACAUACUUUUAAUGUCACCUGAUAUACCUGACAAUGAUAUCUUAAGUGAUCCAGGUUUACGAAAGGAGCUUCUUCCACGAUGGUGGGACUCGAAUGGGUUCAAAUUGCCACAGACAUACAUCAAAACUGUACCAUUAGAUGCCGGGACUAUGGAUUAUGGUGUACCAUCAGACUAUUCUGGAGAAAGUGACCAAUCAGCUUCAAUACCUGGAUCUGAUUGGUUUCAAUGCGCUUCAAGACAUAUUGGAGUACCGCACUGGCUUCUUGUCUGUGCUCUUUCAGCAGCAACACUGUCUGCAUUUUGGUUAUGCGCUUUCGCGGAUAAACCAAAGGAUGCUAGUAAAGUACUGCUUAUUGAAAAGUCUGAUAUUUCUUCUACAGUUACAUUAAAUGUACCAGAAUUACCAUUGCAUAAACAACCUCCUCCUAAAUAUUCUGAGAGUAUUGAUGUAACAGAAGUUAAUAUGAAAGUUUAGCUAGGUACUCUAAUGACAUAACUUUUGAGUGACUCUGGAAACUAUGUAAAUUUAAGUAUUUUAUUAGUUUUGAAUAGAUUAUGUUUAAAUUAUGUAUAGUAGUGCUUUAUGAAUAUUGAAAUUAUUACGAAAAAAUUGCACUUUCUGUUUUCAUUGAAAUUGUUGAUAGUUUAAAAAUAAGCUUCUAAGAUGUAUGUAGAGAUAAAGAUUUAAUUAAUGUUUCGAGUUGUACAAGGACUAAAAUCAAAAUAAAUUAUAAAAUAGGUUACAAAAUAUUUUCUGGGAAAAAUGUAUGGUAACAUAUAUGCUGGGAUUAUUUUAUACAAAACAAUACUGUUUUUUAUAACAGGAAAUAACAGUUAUUAUUAUUACACUUUUUUUUAAUGAAGAUUGUGACAAAAAUCAUCGAAGUAAUAUUAGCAAAGUGAUUUAAAAAAAAUGCACAGAUGUAAGACUGCAUAUUAUGUACUUUGUUAGCAAUUUAACGAGAAUCAAAAGCUUUUAUAUUUAUAACAAUGUAUUAUUUUUCUAAACAUGAUUUAGAAAUAGUAAAUGAAAGUAUUCUAACUUUAAAUACUGCACAUUCAUUUAAAUACUCAUA